AUCAGACAACCGAUUUAGGGCAGUGGAUGGUUUUAGGAAAAGUAGCUAGCAUUGCUUCUGAUCAGUCAUUUUUUAUAUCACGCCGAAUAAUUGGAUAGCUUACUGAUAGUCGUAAGCAUAAUACAUUUUACAUUUUUUCUUCAGAACUAAGAUAAUUGUUUUAAUUAUAUAGACAGGUUUAUAUCAAAUCUAAAGUCAAUAGAAAACAACGUUUUUUUUACGAAUUACACAGCUACCUAGGCCUUUAUAUUUUAUACUUUUAUUUAAAUGUGAUAAGAGUUAAACUACACAGAUUUUUUAGCAUAUUGGGCCACAGGUAUUGGUUUGGCCUAAUAAAAGUCAGACUGUAAUAUUAUUUGUCAUCUUUAAAACAUUUAAAAUAAAAGAGACAAUGUUGUAAAAAGUUGUUUUUUGAGUGCGAUAGGAAUAGGAACCAAUGUCUGUCGCUGCAGUCGGGGAACAAUUUGACAGACGUACGGUUUCCAUGGAAAAUCAUUUGCGUCCUAAAGAACCAGACAAGUUUUAUUGAUUACUACUUAUCGUCGACUUUACUUCGUAAUGUACAUUUUACACAAAUGGUUGUGAUGCAGAACAGGAUUCCUGUUUCCGGUCAUGGGUUUCUUAUGUAACUUUUAUUACUGUGAACAAACAGAAAAUUAGCUUACGUUAGCAUGAAUACUGUGCAGUUCAAUUGUUGGGAUACAUUGCGAUUCUUAGGUGUGUCCUAGUUCGUCAAUGACGUCAGAUGGAGUCAGUGAAGUGGGAAGCAUGGAGGGUCAACUGGCCAGUAAAUACAGGGGGUGGAAGGAGCUUCAGACUUUGGUUCAUCAGCUGGAGAGGUCUUUACAAAAGGCCCAGGAGGAGUGUUCCAGCCUCAGAAAAAAAUACUAUCAGCUGAGGGAGGAUUUUCAGUUCAACCUGGCCAUCCUGGAUGAAAGAGACAGAGAGCUGGAGCGAUAUGAUGCCAUAACUGCCAAAGCACUGGCUGUCAACAACAAAAGGCAGGAGGAGCUGAGCCAUCUCAGUCUGCUGGUCACCAAGCUGGAGAAGCAGAGAGCCACAGAGGCUGAGGAGUGGCAGAUAGAGCUCUGUAAAAGCCAGCAUGAUGUUGCUCAGUACAGGCUGCAACUAGAUGAUUUGAAGGACUCUUUGGCUGGUGAAAUGCGAGAGCAAACACAGGAGUAUGAGAGGACAAAAUGGAAUCUGGAGCACAAGAUACAAGAGUUGGAGGAAAAGCUGAACAUGCAAAGACAGGAGAUGACUGCAUCUUUUGACACUGAGGUCAGACAACGGGAACAUGAGCUCAACUUAAAAAUCGAUGAAAUGCACACUGUGCUCCUUUCUCACAAUCUCAAGAUGAAACUACUGUCUAAAAAGACUGAAAUUUACAACCAGGCUUACCUCCAAACCAGAGAGGCUCUCAGAGCUUCUAAGCAGUGCUGUCUGCAGCUACAGACAGAGUUAAAUCACAGGGACCAGGAAGUGAAAACCCUAGUUGCUACCAAGGACAACAGGAUAAAGGAGCUUGAAGACAAGAUAAAAUUGAUGAAGACGAAGCUUAAAAAGGAGGAAGAGCAUCACAACAAGCACAUCAGAGAUGUCUCCAAUGAGAUGAUAACCUUGCAGAAAAGAGAAACCAAACUUAAAAUCGAAGUGGAAAAGAGCCAAGAGGCCAUUGACAGGUACAAGCAGCAGCUGAGUGAUGGCUUGACGAGAGAAAGGACUUUAGAACAGAAGCGCGUCCAGGUGGAGCUGGAGUGGCAGAGACGUUGUGAGGACAUCAAGGCUAAACACUACCUUGCCACUGAGCAGCUAAUUCAAGACUUGACCCAGGCUAGAGACCAGGCUCAAGCAGAGCUGAAAGAGAAAAAUCAAGAGCUUCAGGACUUGACUGUCUUAGUGCAUUCUGUUCAAACUGAGAGAGACCAGGCAAAACAGGACUCCAGCUCAAAGCCAGACUGUGCAUCAUCAGAAGAGAUCCGCCAUUUGCAGGAGCAGAACAGCAUUCUGCGAGCAGCAGUUACACAGAUGAGAAAGGACAUGGAGAGUCUCAGCCAUCUUAACCAGACUCAGGCUUCCUGUGCCACUCCACCCUCUCAAGUGAUAACUGAUUUACCAAACCAAAGCACCACCGGCUCCUCCAAAGUCAGUCCAGCAGAUGACCUGAUCAUGAAGACACAACCCAAUACUUGUGAUCCGACUAAGGAGGAGGCCAGAGUCGAACACACAGAGUCCAACAUCAUAGAUCAGAACACACUCGUGCAAAAGCUUCUGGAACACAUUCAGCAUUUACAUCAUCAGCAGGCCUCAGGUCCGUUGUCUGGUGGUUUAUUUCAAAGUUCCCAGCCUGCAAAAAGCAACCAUCCUCUAAUGCACAGCAGGUUGAAGCAGGCUGCGUCCUGUAUCGCCCGUCUGUGCCAAGAGAAACAGCAGCUGAUAGAGAUGGCCAAUCGCUUGCGGGCCACAAACACUGCUCCUGGCCCACAAGCAGAACCAGUGGAGCCAGAGAAGGAUUCCUCCCCCCAUAAACAAGGAGACCAACACGACCAGCUGUCUUCUCUACUUGGACAGCUGCAGUACCAACUCACAACCCAGGAACUGCAGUAUGCUCUGAGACAGAGGGUCUGCACUAUUAAUGAGCAGCCCCUCCCUGGUCCCAGCAACCAAAGAGCUUCAACAAGUGUGGCAGCUAGCUCUUGGCCCCAGGGGCACAACACUGCAGACAGGUCUGAGCACAAGGAGAAAUCCUCUCUGGUCUGUCUGUCACAGAACCCAGCGAGUAUCCACCCCAACUCAGGUCUGCCCCAGUCUCAGUUGUCAUCGGAGUCCAUGCAAUCCUUAAAAGAGCUGUGGGAGACACUAGACCACCGUCUUAGCUCAUCAAUUGUCUCAGAAGGUGACGAUGACCUGAGCUGCAGGGACAGUGCUGGAGUUCAAAUGGUGGUGCAUGGUUACAGCGCUCCCAUUCAUAGGCCCAACUUAAACGAGGCCAAGCCAAAGAUGAACCUCUCCAGACCGUUAGCAGGCUCGACCAAGAUCAGCAAACCUGGAGCACCUGGCAGGACUGCAAAGAUCCGAAACUACAAUGUGAAAGACUGACACACUCGUGUAGGCCUAUGUAUCGGCAUCGAGAGGGAGAGGAUCCAAUGGGGCCUGAAGCUUCUCAGCCUUCACUGAUGAGAGCCAUUAAGAAGUCUGUGGCCAGGGAGGUUCCGGCUAUAGAAGAUUAAGAAGGAUCAAACUGAUGACAGUAUCAUUCACAAAAUUUAAUUUAUGAUGAUGUUGGGCCUUCAUCACCAUCAUUAACUGUCAUAGAAGAACAUAGCAAGUGUUUCUGGAGAAACCUGGAGAAACAGGAAGUUGAAUCACAGAGGAGCAUUCUGUGGUGGUCUGACCAGUCAUGUUACAGGUGUUAUUGACAGCAGGCUGUCAGGCACAAUAACCUGCCAGGGGUCAUAAUUCAGGUAUAAAGUACUACACUACUUCUGUGUGUUCCUUUUACCAUUUAUUUUUAUUUUAAAUUAUAAUAAACUGUUUGAAUUGAUUGCCAA